UGAGCAGGGAGAGAAGAUCAGUUUGUCUUUGUACAGAGACCAUAGAGCAGGAAGGUGCGUAAUAACAGCAUCUAUUGCUGUUAUUGAAACCUGCAAAACUCAAUGAACUGUUUGUCAGAAACUCACUGAUCCUGCCUGCAGCUUUUGCACGGCAAAGGCAUCGAUCAGUGUAAAAAAGAAAGAAAGAAAGAAAAAAGAUCACAUUUUAUAUGAGAUCUUAAUUUUUUUUUUCCAGAGAAAUAUUUUUGUACGUUUUUCUUACAACCAUGGUGCUGGGGAAGGUGAAGAGUUUUACAGUAAGCUACGACUGUCUGAAUGACAGCAAUGUCCCUGUGUUCUCCAGCGGGGAUUGCGUCUCAGGAAGGGUGGUCAUCGAGGUCACCGGAGAAAUCAGGGUGAAAUCUCUCAAAAUCCACGCGAAAGGGUUUGCAAAAGUUCGUUGGACUGAAUCUAGAAAUGCUGGAUCCAAUACUGCCUACACGCAGAAUUUCACCGAAGAAGUGGAAUACUUAAAUCAUAAAGACAUCUUAAUUGGGCAUGAAAGAGAUGAUGAUAACUCUGAAGAAAGUCUCACCACUAUUCAUUCAGGAAGACACGAGUAUGCAUUUAGUUUUGAGCUUCCGCAAACACCCCUGGCUACCUCCUUUGAAGGCAAAAAUGGCAGUGUGCGCUACUGGGUGAAAGCUGAAUUGCACAGGCCGUGGCUUCUGCCAAUGAAAGUGAAGAAGGAAUUUACAGUCUUUGAACACAUUGACAUCAACACUCCUUCAUUGCUGUCACCCCAGGCAGGCACAAAAGAGAAGACUCUUUGUUGCUGGUUCUGCACCUCAGGUCCCAUCUCCUUAAGUGCCAAAAUUGAAAGAAAGGGCUACACCCUUGGUGAAUCCAUUCAGAUCUUUGCUGAAAUUGAGAACUGCUCCUCCCGCAUGGUGGUGCCAAAGGCAGCCAUUUACCAAACACAGACUUUUUAUGCCAAAGGGAAAAUGAAAGAAGUCAAACAACUCAUAGCCAAUCUGCGUGGGGAGUCCCUGUCCUCUGGCAAAACAGAAACGUGGAGUGGCAAAAUGCUGAAAAUCCCUCCUGUGUCUCCCUCCAUUCUGGACUGCAGCAUAAUCAGAGUGGAAUAUUCACUAAUGGUAUAUGUGGAUAUUCCUGGAGCAAUGAACCUGCUUCUGAAUUUGCCUUUGGUCAUCGGUACGAUACCCCUGCACCCUUUCGGCAGUCGCACCUCCAGUGUGAGCAGUCAGUGCAGCAUGAACAUGAACUGGCUGAGUAUGGCACUUCUGGAAAGACCCGAAGCACCACCAAGCUAUGCAGAAAUCACCACUGAAGAACAGAGACAGAACAGCAUGGCGCCCCCUGCUGCACGGGAUGACUUUGAGCGGGCACUCGAGGGACCACUAUUCGCAUAUAUCCAAGAGUUCCGCUUUCAACCACCGCCCCUCUAUUCAGAGAUUGACCCAAAUCCAGAUCAAGUAAACGGUAAUGAAGAAGGGAGACCAGAUUCUUGCCCAUCUCGCUGAAGGAAACCCGGACCCACCCAGAGUUUACUUGAGGAUUUUUAUACUAGCGUCCUAGCUCUGUUUCGAACAGAGAAAAUGUGACGAGAAGUCCACUACGAGCAGAGGAAACUGUCGGACAUUUUCCUGCCGAGUGGUGGAUUGAUAUUAGACAACCUGUGAUAAUCAUAUUGAAGCCUACGGCCUAGACACAAGACUGCUCUGCCUGCCUAGAAAACUUUGCUUUCUGUAACCGUGGCACAUACGUGACUCUCUAGAGAGCAGGUUCUGUAGAAAAGCAAAACAAACAAACAAAAAAAAGCAUUUCCUGUAUGGCGUUAAGCAGCAUUUUACUUCAGAGGGAAGAUUUGUUUUUUUUUGUUAUGAUUUUGUCCUCCUGCCUCAGUUGGAAGUUUGCGCAUAUUGCCUAGUGCUUGUGUUGCGUGGCUCUGUUUUAAAAUCAUGAAAUAAAACAAUUUUUUUUCCUCGUUUUAUGCUGGACUAGAGAGUGCAGGCUUUACUCCUUCUUGAAUCUCCUAAUCUGCACAACUAUGAACAAUGCAGAGUACAGCAUUAAAAAAAGAAAAGAAACUGAAAUGAAAAAUAAGCUGAGAAGAAUACAAUGACUUUUUUUUUUUUUUUUUUUGAGUUCCUAUUAAGAAAUGUAGCCUGGACUGUACCUGCGUUGGACCUGCUCCGUACUGGCCUCUCGGGCUGAUACCUUUUCAGCUUGGAUCCAAUCGUGGCUUUGUUUUCAAACAUCAAAUGCCUUUAGCCCAUUUUUGUUUGCUGUAUGUGUGUUCUUCAGCCUCCUGUAGUAGAACAGCAAGAGAUUACAAACCUGCGUUACAAACACAACAAACUGAGAUUCCAGAGAGUACUAGUGGGGGAUAUUUUGUGAAGACUGCACGCUUCAGAUUGAGCAUUUGUUACCUUUCUACUAUAACCACAGAGCAGCGUUGUUACAUACUGCCUAAAACAGUCACUCUCAGGUGAACGUCUCACUUGCCAAACAGUUGGAAUGCUAUACUGUGUGUUUGUUUUUUUUUUUUCUUUUAAUUGCACUGUUGAAAAUAGUAAACAUAAUAAUGUGGGAUGCAAACAGAGACAGGAGGCAGUUUUUAAAGACAAGUAAGAUUCCCUUUUUGUCCCGCUGAGCUUGCAGAAUCCUCCCAUACCACAUUUUUUCCAGUCCUAUGAAGCCAAAAAAAACAACGAUAGAAAGGUACAGGCUAUUACAGCAAACAGUUCGGCACAGAGGCCAAAGAGGUCUGGUUUGCUGUAUGGCUUAACUUGAAGCAAGCUAGAACAGGCUGACAUGUUCUAGACUGUUUAAAUGCAUUAUAUUAAAGACAGAUGGAGCAAAUGAAAAUCUGUUGGUGCGUAGGGUUAACACAGACUUCUAUGAGAAGGUGAUUUUAUUUUUUUGUUAAAGGUUGAAGGACUGGGAAAACAUUUUGGUAGAUCAACUGUUCCCCCCCCCCCCUCACUUGUUCCUCCGUGAAGUACCAAUCCAAAAAAGUUUACAAGAGGCAUUCUUACAGAUCGAACCAGCCAGCACAUUGUAAUAAUCAUCCAGCUUUUCACCAUGUAAACCUGUACACACAUCAAAAAAAGUGAUCUUAACUGAGUGGCCUUGAAGAAGAACUGACAUGAUUUAUUGUUAUUAUUUUCAUAAAUGAUUACUUAAUUCCAGUUGCAGCCAAACUAGGAAUUCUUAUAUUGCCAGGCUGAAUCUUCACCUUUUAUACCCACCUACAUUCGGACAAAAAGGGAAAACAAUUGGUCCUUUAAAGUGAGAGAAUAAUUCACAAGAUCCCUGUAUUACAUUUUGAUUUCUUAAAUACUGGGGUAGUUGAUGACCUAGGGCAUUUGGUGUUUGUUUUUCAGUCAGACUCCAUGGUGUGUGUUUUUUUUUUUUUUUUUUUUUUUUUUUUUUAAAAAGACUAGGGAACAAUUGCUGUUGUAUACAGCAAACGCCUACAGACAUUAUAAAAGUCUACUGAAAAUGGAAUUGACCAAUAUUCCAGUCAGUGGCUUGGUUGUUGCUGACACUUUUGUGUAUUUUUGUCAAAAGAUUUAAAUGUGGUCUAAAUGAUAAUUAAAAGGAAAAAAAGAAACAGCAGCUAAUUUCUUUCUUUUUUUUAUUUCUCUAACUGUUUCAUUGGUCAAUCCCAUAACCCUGAACAUGUUGGGCUUGUAUUAUAGUCCAGUGUUCAAGAUAGUUUCCUCAUUUUUGAAAUUAGGAACAAAAAUGAAAGGAAAAAAAUCCCAAAUGGUUUAGAAGCAAAGUGCAAUAUUCCAUGUUUCUGUAUGAUCGAAUUUGUUCUGUAGCUGUUUGUACAGUUUCUCAUUCUUUGUUUUUUAGCUUGGUGCUGUUCGUUGUCUGUCGACUCUGUUACGAGAGGAGAGUACCUGUUCUGAAUGAUUUCUUUUUGUCUACUUCUUCCUUGUGAAAAAUAAACAAGGUUUUUUUUGUUAAA